AUGAUGCCACCGCUUAGCAACGGCAGUGGCCCAGUCUUCCGGCUGGUGGGGUUUCCUGGGCUGGAGAGGUAUCACCGCUGGAUCUCCAUUCCUUUCUGUUCCAUCUACCUCAUCGCCGUGCUGGGGAACGGCACCAUCCUCGUUGUCAUCAAGACCAACCGAAGCCUUCAUGAGCCCAUGUACAUCUUCCUUUCCAUGUUGGCCGUCACCGACUUGGGCUUGUCUCUCUCCACGUUGCCAACGGUGCUGGGUCUCUUCUGGUUCAACAUCAGGGAGAUUGACUUCAGUACCUGCGCCGUGCAGCUCUUCUUCAUCCACACCUUCUCCUUCAUGGAGUCCUCGGUGCUCUUGGCCAUGGCUUUUGACCGCUACGUUGCCAUCUGCAGCCCCCUACAGUAUACUAGCAUCCUGACCAAUUCGGUGCUGGUCAAGAUUGGCUUGGCCGUUGCUGCAAGAAGUACAGUCAUUGUGUUCCCAACACCGUGGCUGCUCAGGAGAUACAGCUACUGCAAGAGCAACCUGCUUUCCCAUGCAUUCUGCUUGCACCAAGACGUGCUGAAGCUCUCGUGCUCCGAUUCCAGAGUGAACAGCAUCUACGGCUUGUGCGUUGUCCUCUCCACCCUGGUGGUUGACUCUUUGCUCAUUCUGCUCUCCUACGUGAAGAUCAUCCGGACCGUCACAGCCAUCGCCUCCAGGGAAGAACGCUUCAAGGCCUUCAACACGUGUGUCUCCCAUGUCUGCGUCGUCUUGAUUUUCUUCAUUCCUGUGAUUGGGGUCUCCAUGGUGCACCGUUUCGCAAGGCACAGUUCUCCCAUCGUCCAUAUCCUCAUGGCGGAUGUUUACCUCCUCGUUCCCCCUGUCCUCAACCCCAUUGUGUAUAGCGUGAAAACCCAGCCCAUCCGCAAAGGGGUCCUGGGGGCAUUUGGCAAGAGAAGGACCACCCGUUUCCAGUGA